AUGGCCAUUGAUAAUGGCAACCCAGUGACUACGCGUCUUCUAACACUUUUGAAUGUGUCUGCGACCAAGGCGGGGAAACGCAAUAGGACAUUCGAGGAGACGCAACCGACGGAGAGGCUUAACAAACGACGCGCAGUCCGAGUGACAACAGAAGAAGAGCACGAGGCAGAAACACCGGAGAACCCCCCUACAUCUGAGAAUGCAAAUGCCUCAUCGGUUCCAGAGACAAGAGAAGACGAGGAGCACGCAGAGGAGAAUACUCAAGAAAAUGUGGUAGACACAUGCGAAGAGCAUUUUGGCGCGAAGAGUACCAUCCUUACAGCGGCUGCUCGAGAAGCAGUGGAUGAACGCAGGUGGAGGGCGGCAAGAGAGAAACACCGCAGACUCGGCGCUGUUGUACAGGCCGUACCCGAAGGUUCAAGCAGUGAAACAAGGAGCAGACCGCAGCAUGCAGUUGCAGAAAAGCUGAGGGAGCCUUUUGCAGCCCGGCAAGCAAAGCUAUCUCGCGAAAUAUCUGAGCUCCAAGACGACGUACUGUCUGUACUAUCUUCAUAUCGUGAUCUCUACCUCACGCGGACGUCUGUGAGCACGCAUGCAAACGUACGGGAAGCGAUAGCGCUGCAUGCCAUCGAUCACAUAACUAAAAAGCGCCGUCGUGUUGUCAAAAACAACGAACGGCUGGCUCAUGCCUCAAAAUCUGGAGCUCCCCCGCUGGAAGACGUUCAGGAUCAAGGUUUCACAAGACCCUCUGUUCUUAUACUCCUCCCAUUCCGCUCUUUUGCUCUGCAGUGGCUCGCCGCACUCACAGCGCACACACCACCACCUGCCUAUCAGAUCGAAAACCAGUCGCGCUUCCAGUCGGAGUACGGCUUGCCCGCAGGUGCUGUGGAUAAGCUGGCGAAUGCGGAGCCGGGCGCAUAUCCUCAAGACCAUGUGGAGAUGUUCAAAGGAAAUGUGGACGACAGCUUCAGAGUUGGUAUCAAGUUCACCCGGAAGAGUGUGAAGUUAUUUGCCGAGUUCUAUGGGUGCGAUUUGAUAAUCGCGAGCCCGUUGGGACUGAGAAUGUCAAUAGAGAAGGAGAAGAACGCAGAUUUUCUGUCGUCGAUUGAACUUUUGGUCGUGGACCAAAUGGACGCUUUGGCAAUGCAAAACUGGGACCAUCUUCAGUUCGUCUUCUCACAUCUCAACCAACUCCCGAAGGAAUCGCACGACGUGGACUUCUCCCGUAUCAAACCAUGGUACCUUGAUGGACACGCAUCCUACCUGCGCCAGUCUAUCUUACUGACUGCUUACGAGACACCUGAGACUCGUGCUUUGUUCAACCACUCUUUGAAGAACGUUGCGGGCAAAGUUAGAACAGAGAGGCGAUGGGCGCCUGUGGAAGUUCCUGAAGGAAUUGAUCAAAACUUUGUUCAGUUCAGCUGUAGUAGCCUGAAGGAUGAGGCCGACAAGCGCUUCCAAUACUUCACAACACAGGUGUUGCCAGCUGUGCUCAAAUCAGCAGUACGGAGCGCGAAUACAGUCGUGUUUGUUCCGUCGUCGUUCGAUUUUAUCCGGGUACAUAACCAUUUCCGGAAGAACACCAGCGUCUCCUUUACUGUUCUAUCAGAAUAUACUUCGAAUCAAGACAUAUCUCGCGCUCGGCAAGCAUUCUUCAGUGGGAAGAAGGCAUUCCUGCUAGUGAGCGAACGUUUCCACUUCUUUCGAAGGUAUAAGAUCCGAGGUAUUCGGAAUUUGCUAUUCUACGGACCGCCUGAGCAUGCGCAUUUCUACACUGAGUUCCUAUCAUAUCCCUUUUUGGAUGAAGGUGUCGAGGCAUCGGAUAUCACUUGCCAGAUUUUGAACUCAAAGUAUGAUUGGUUGAGGUUGGAGAGGAUUGCUGGAACGGAAGGAGCGUCAGAGCUAGUGAAGCGAGGUUCCGUUUAG